CAGAUUAUCGUUAGAUAUUUGGCUGUGAAUGGUACAGUUUCUAAGAGUUAACAUUAAGUAAACAUAUUUCUUAAAAUUUUUUAAAUAUAAUAUUUUCAAUUGGUGUCUACUUAACCAAUGAAAUUGUGCCAUUUCGUACCUUCCAAGUAUGGCAGUCAAGUUCAAAAAUCACAAACGUUUAUAUUAACGAUUAAAACUUACAUACAGUUAGGACGUUACAAAAAUAAAACAAUUACAGUAAUCCAGAUAUAGCAAAGUUCAAAUGUCAAUUAAACCACAACAACAGGUCCGUCGAAAAGGACUCCUUGCGACGUAUUCCUUCAGACGUUGGUUACCGCAUAGCGAGACGAAACAAUUCCGACAGUUUCUCGGGGACAUCGCGGCCGAGGGACCCGGGGACCCGGGCCCCGGUCGUCAGGGUCUCCAACUCCGGACGAUCGGUGUGCCCGCGGAUCAACAUCUGCCGCCGGACGAGCCCUAUUUCGAUGUUCCCGUGCACGAGGGCGACGAAGAGGAACGGCAGGGGGAUGACGACCGCCCAACAACAUCGGGCGCCAACAACACCUUCGUCAUCGACCCCCAGGACCUAGCCGAGGCGGAGACCAGCGGCCUCACCCACGCAACAUCGGAAAUAGGCUAGGUGUCGCCAGGUAGCGAAAGGAC